UCCACAGACGUCAGGCCAUUCUCGAAAGGGACGCCAAUGGCUCCUAAAACAGAUGGGCUUUCUGAGAAGAAAGUCAAAACAAUGGGUGGUCAAGUGACAAAUGAAUCCAUCAAGAAGCAAUUCAACAGAGGUUCAUGGACUGCAGAAGAAGAUAGAAAGCUGGCCGAGGUCAUUGAAAUCCACGGUGCAAAGAGGUGGAAAAAAAUUGCAGCUAAAGCAGGUCUUGAUCGGUGCGGUAAAAGUUGCAGGCUGAGAUGGCUGAAUUAUCUAAGACCUAACAUCAAGAGAGGCAAUAUCUCAGAUCAAGAAGAAGACUUGAUCCUUAGGCUUCAUAAACUCCUAGGAAACAGAUGGUCUCUGAUAGCUGGACGGCUACCAGGUCGAACAGAUAACGAGAUCAAGAACUACUGGAAUUCUCAUUUGAGCAAGAAAAUGAGCCAAAAUGAGAAACAAAGUACAAGUAGUUCAACAAGAGAAGGGUCCAAGACCAAGAAAAGGAGGGGUUUAAAGAAGAUAAGUGUGGAGUUGAAAGAAGAGGACACCAGCUCUAAAUGUGGUGAGGACUCAAGAAUCAAGUUUGAUGGGGAUGAGUUCUUUGAUUUCUCCAAUGAGAGUCCUAUGACUUUGGAGUGGCUCAAUAAAUUCCUUGAAUUGGACAAGGGUUUGUGUAAAUUUUCUUGAAAUUGUAAUCUUUGGUAUCAUUUUGUAUGUGGUUCACUCAUUACCAUCAAUCUCGACUUGGGACUGUUGUGUUUUAGCUCUUUUUUGUACUAAAUCUGUAAAUUAUUACUGUUUCUAUAUCAUGUAAUAAUAUUUGAUCAUAUAUUUUAGUCUUCUUUUGUUUCUGAUGA